AUGACAGCAGCUGACGUGGCCAACUCUAGUAAACAUCCAUGCCACCACCAACCCUGGGCUCUGGCGAAUUCCACGCCGCUUUGCAAGCCUGGUUACUGGGCUGUUGCCGAACCUCUUGGUUCAGCAGCCCAUGCCGGCACAGCAGGCUCCGUUGCUGCUUCGGUUCAACUGCAUGGCUUGGGUCGGAAUGGGACAAUUGCGGCUGGUGGCGAUGGUAUCAAAACGAGCAGCAUUUAUGGCGGGCUCUCCAUUGCAAGAUUCAGCUCAUCCAAAGGUCGGCGCAGUGGCAAGGCAGCAGUGCAACAGACGAGCAGCAGUAAGAGGGAUUGUAAUAUCCUAAUCGUGCCCUGUUUCUGUUACUGCAUCUGCACUGAUCUGUGCAGGUCGGCGCAGUGGCAAGGCAGCAGCAGUGCAGCAGACGAGAUAGGAGGAGAGGGAUGGAAAUAUGCUGCUCCAUUACUUUACUCCUUGUUCCUGUCACUGUAUCUGCUCAUUCUCUGUGCAGGGAGAGCAGGGAAUGCGGAGGAGAAGAGUGAGGAGGACCUAGUCACGCGGAAGCAGCAGCUGCUGGAGCAAGCAGUCCAGGAGGUGGGGGAGAGGAGUGAGGAGGAUCUAGUCACGCGGAAGCAGCAGCUGCUGGAGCAAGCAGUGCAGGAGGUAUGGUGGUGUGAGGGGUAUACUGAGGAGAAAAGUGGGAGAGGAGGGAAGGUGGAGGAGAGGAGUGAGGAGGACCUUGUCAUGCGGAAGCAGCACCUGCUGGAGCAAGCCGUUCAGGAGGAAGCAGCAGCUGCUGGAGCAAGCCGUUCAGGAGAUAUGGUGGUGUGCGGAGUUAUGGUUGU